AUCCCCGAGAGAAGUUGUGCUCACUGUAUAAUUUCGUUCGAUUCCCUCUCAUAAUUUUUCCAACUCUCCGCUUUGAAUUUUCCUUUGCUUUGUCUCUCUUCCGAAUUCACAAAUGGCGGGUCGUGGAAAAACUCUCGGAUCUGGGGUUGCUAAGAAGUCGACGUCGAGGAGUAGCAAGGCCGGUCUCCAGUUCCCGGUGGGUCGUAUCGCCCGAUUUCUGAAGAACGGCAAGUACGCCGAACGUGUUGGUGCCGGAGCUCCGGUCUACUUGGCCGCCGUUCUCGAGUACCUCGCCGCCGAGGUUUUGGAAUUGGCUGGAAACGCAGCGAGGGAUAACAAGAAGACGAGAAUCGUGCCACGUCACAUUCAAUUGGCGGUGAGAAACGACGAGGAGCUUAGCAAGUUGCUUGGGGAUGUGACCAUUGCCAAUGGAGGUGUGAUGCCCAACAUUCACAGUCUUCUUCUUCCCAAGAAGGCCGGCGGCUCCAAACCUUCCGGCGACGACGAGUAGAUUCAGUUCGUUGUUGUUUCGCAGCUAAUUUAAUGUGUAGCGUGAUUUAGAUUAAGUUUUAGGUAUUGUUCUGGGUCUUUUUCUUUUUGGUUUUUUUCAUUAGACUACGGUGUAGAGUCGUUUCGUUUCAGAUUAAGACUUUAAUAUAUGGAUGCUAUAAUUUGAUUCUCGAUUCUUUACGCAAUUUUGGUGCCAUUUAUUCAAACCCACAAACGAAUUUGCAACUUUUAACCCAUUAAACCCAAGUUUGGGAGCGUUUAGAUUCAGAAGACUUUGAUUAUUCGUCUAGG